AUGCCGUCCGCGGCGACGGCGGCGUUGGCCGCGAGCUCGCCCGCGCGCGCGUUCGCGAUCGCCCUCGCGAGCGGGGUCGCGCACGCGUGCGCGGGACCCGAUCACGUCGCCGCGGUCGUCGCGCUCGCGGCGCGGACGCGACGACGGGCGAUCGCAGACGGUGACGACGGUGGCGCGGUGGGCGUGGCGCGACGGUGCGCGAUCGAGGGCGCGCGAUGGGGGGUGGGACACGCGAUGGGGCUGGGUGGGGUCACCGGGGUGUUUUACGCGCUCGGACGGGCGAUGGACGUGGAGACGGCGGCGUUGGCGAGCGAUUACGUCGUCGGCGGGGCGAUGUGCGCGUUGGGCGUCGCGAGCGCGUCCGGGGGGUGGAAGAUGGUUAUGAAACGGCGAAAGGAGCGCGAACACGUCGAGGACGGCGAGGUGGAGGGCGCUGGGGAGGUUGAGACGCACGCGCGAGACGGGGAUGAGACGUCCGUGCGAGUGGCGGCUGGGAGCGAGGCGCACGAGGAGGCGCACGCGCUCGGUGUGUCGCACGUGCACGUGCGAGAGGUUGACGUUGAGAGUGAUGACGUCGUGCUCGAGCGCGCGUCGCUGUGGAAGCGCGUUCGACGUUUUGGGAGAGAUAAGACGGCGCCGGCGUACGCGGUUGGAUUCUUGCACGGCGUGUCGGGAUUAUCGGGGGUGAUUUACGUUCUUCCGGCGGUUUUUCUCACCGACGAGACGCGCGUGUCGCUCUACUUGUUCGGUUUCUUCGUCUCGAGCGUCAUAGCCAUGACGUUGUUCGCGGCGGUGCUCGGAGCGCUUCCGCACAGCGUGAAGAUGGCGAUUUGGAUGUCCCUCGUCGGCGGCGCGCUCGUCUUCGGAGUCGGGCUAAUGUGGAUCAUACUCACGGCGCAGGGUAAGCUCGAUUUGUGA